CGGCCUGCAAACAAUAAGACAUUUUCCUGGCUCCUGGGAUUUAGGGUUCCGCAGCUCACAAACAUGGGUGACACAGAGGAAGUGACGGAGGAAGUCCAGGAGGAAGACAAGCUGAAACCAAAGUUCAUGCCAAAUGUGGCAGCACCAAAAAUUCCAGAAGGAGAAAAAGUGGACUUUGAUGACAUCCACCGGAAGCGCCAGGAUAAAGAUUUGUCAGAGCUGCAGUCCCUCAUCGAGGCUCAUUUCAUCCAGAGGAAGAAAGACGAGGAGGAGCUCAUCACUCUUGUCAGCAGGAUCGAGAAGCGACGUGCCGAGAGAGCUGAGCAGCAGAGGAUACGAUCGGAGAGAGAUAAGGAGAGGCAGGCUAGGCUAGCUGAAGAGAAGGAGAGGAAGGAACAGGAUGAGCAGCGGAAGAAGCAAGAUGAUGAUGCCAAGAAGAAGAAAGCCCUCACCAAAACGACCCAGUCGCUUGGAGGCUUGCAGCAAAAGCAAUCUGAGGGCAAAAAAGGGGCCAAAAAGCAGACUGAGAGGGAGAAGAAGAAGAAGAUCCUUGCUGACCGACGAAAGCCUCUCAGUGUUGAUCAUUUGACUGAUGACAAACUGAAGGAGAAGGCUAACGAACUGUGGCAAUGGUUGAUCGAGUUGGAGUCAGAGAAGUUUGACCUCACGGACAAACUCAAAAGACAAAAAUAUGAGAUCGGUGUGCUCCAGUGCCGUAUCACUGAACAGGGAAAGUUUGCCAAAGGUCGUGCCAAGGGCAAGGCGAGGCUGAGGUAAAGUCGCUGCAGGGAACCGCAGACCAGGCUGCUGAGGAGAGCACAUGUUUGUUUUUGUGUCCUGUGUUUUGUCUGUUUAUUGAUUUAUUUAAUUACCCAAGAGAACCAUGUGUACCCUAUAAGAGCAUAUUAAAAAGGUAUUAUCAUU